ACAAAGACUCCGCCUGUAGCAGCUGCCAGAAAUGGACUUGACAGACAGAAGCAACAGCAUACACGCCGCAGAUCACAGCGUCAGCAUGGAUCUGAACGAUCUGCGGUACCAGCUCAUUCGUUUGGAGGACACAAUCAUCUUCAGCCUCAUCGAACGCGCUCAAUUCAAGCAAAAUAAGCUCGUCUACACUCCAAACGGCAUUCCACUGCCAGACUUCAAGGGCUCUUUCCUGGAUUGGGUCGUGCAGGAGACUGAGGUCAUCCAUGCCAAGGUCCGCCGGUAUCAGUCACCAGACGAGUACGCAUUCACCGCUGACCUUCCUGAACCUAUCCUUCCACCACUCACCUACCCACGAUUUCUGCAUCCAAACGACAUCAACGUCAAUGACAAGAUCAAGGAUUACUACGUCGAGAGAAUCAUCCCGGCAAUCUGCGAGGAGGGCGAUGAUGUGAACUAUGGCAGUGCGGCAACCAUCGAUAUUCAGUGUUUGCAAGCAUUGAGCCGAAGAAUACACUACGGCAAAUAUGUAGCAGAGGUCAAGUAUAGAUCAGACCCAGAAAAGAUGAACGAGCUCAUCAGGGCGAGGGAUGUAGGCGGAUUAGAUGCAGCUAUCACCAAUGCUGCGGUGGAGAAGCAGGUGUUGGAGCGACUCGGCAGAAAAGCUCGGGCUUAUGGAAGAGAUCCAGUGGAGCUGAACAAUGACACCACCGGCGCGCCCGCAAGAGUAGAUGUGGACACGGUGGUGAGCAUGUACAGGGACUGGGUAAUCCCAUUGACGAAAGAAGUGGAAGUGGACUAUCUCUUGCGACGCCUAGACAACGCUUAACCGAAAGCCAAAAAUAUAUCAAAAACUUACGCC